AUGGCUGAAGAGGAGGUGGCCAAGUUGCAGAAGCACCUUGCCCUUCUGCGGCAGGAGUACGUGAAGAUGCAGCAGAAGCUGGCGGAGACGGAGCGGCGCUGCGCCAUGCUGGCGGCCCAGGCCAGCCAGGACAGCGGCAGCGAGUCCUUCAUCGGCCGCCUGCUCACCAUCGUGGGGGAACUCUACCAGCAGGACCAGUACAGUGACCUGAAGGUGAAGGUGGGAGAGACGAGGUACAGCGCUCAUAAGUUUGUGCUGGCGGCUCGCAGCGAAGUCUGGAGCCUGGCCAACCUGGCCUCCACGACGGAGCUGGACUUAUCGGACGCCAACCCCGAGGUCGCCAUGGCAAUGCUGCGCUGGGCGUACACGGACGAGCUGGAGCUCAGCGAGGAUGACGCCUUCCUGAUUGACCUCAUGAAGCUGGCCAACCGCUUCCAGCUUCAGCAGCUGCGGGAAAGGUGUGAGAAAGGGGUGAUGUCAUCGGUGAACGUGAGAAACUGCAUUCGCUUCUAUCAGACGGCCGAGGAGCUAAACGCCACCACCCUGAUGAACUACUGCGGCGAGAUCAUCGCCAGCCAUUGGGAUGACCUGAGGAAGGAGGACUUCAGCACCAUGAGUGCACAGCUGCUUUACAAGAUGAUCAAGUCCAAGACAGAGUUUCCUCUUCACAAAGCCAUCAAAGUGGAACGGGAAGACGUGGUCUUCCUCUACCUCAUCGAGAUGGACUCGCAGCUGCCGGGGAAGCUGAACGAGCUGGACAACAAUGGGGACCUGGCGCUGGACCUGGCCCUGUCGCGGAAGCUGGAGAGCAUCGCCACCACGCUGGUCAACAACAAGGCCGACGUGGACAUGGUGGACCAAAGCGGCUGGAGCCUUCUGCACAAAGCCAUCCAAAGAGGUGACGAGUUCGCCUCCACCUUCCUGAUCCGCCACUCGGCCCAGGUGAACGCGGCCACGGUGGGGGCGGUGGAGACGCCCCUGCACCUGGUCUGCUCCUUCAGUCCCAAAAAGCACUCCGGGGAGGUGAUGAACGGCAUGGCCCGCAUCGCCGAGGCCCUGCUCAAGACCGGGGCCAACCCCAACAUGCAGAACAGCAAAGGCAGAACCCCUUUACAUGAAGCGGUGGUUUCUGGGAAUGAGCCCGUCUUCAACCAGCUUUUACAGUGCAAGCAGCUUGACCUGGAGCUGAAGGACCAUGAAGGGAGCACAGCCCUGUGGCUGGCCCUCCAGUACAUCACCGUGUCUUCCGACCAGUCGGUCAACCCCUUCGAGGACGAGGCGCCGGUGGUCAACGGCACGUCCUUCGACGAGAACAGCUUCGCGGCCAGGCUAAUCCAGCGAGGCAGUAACCCGGACGCCCCCGACGCCACCACGGGGAACUGCCUCCUUCAGAGAGCGGCGGGAGUGAGAAACGAAGCCGCCGCCCUCUUCCUGGCCACCCACGGGGCCCAGGUCAACCACACCAACAAAUGGGGCGAGACCCCGCUCCACACGGCCUGCCGCUACGGCCUGGCCAACCUGACGGCCGAGCUGCUCCAGCAGGGGGCCAACCCCAACCUGCAGACGCAGAAGGCCCUGCCCGAGGAGGAGCGGGGGCAGGGCGUGUACCUGCAGAGCCCCCUCCACAUGGCCAUCGUCUACAACCACCCCGACGUGGUGUCCGUCAUCCUGGAGCAGAAAGCCAAUGCCCUCCACGCCACCAACAACCUGCAAAUCAUCCCUGACUUCAGCCUCAAAGACUCUGUGGACCAGACUGUGUUAGGCCUGGCCCUCUGGACAGGCAUGCACACGAUAGCCGCCCAGCUCUUGGGCUCGGGUGCGGCCAUCAACGACACCAUGUCCAACGGGCAGACCCUGCUGCACAUGGCCAUCCAGAGGCAGGACAGUAAGAGCGCCCUCUUCCUGCUGGAGCACCAGGCCGACAUCAACGUCAGGACCCAGGACGGUAAGACGCCGCUGCAGCUCGCCAUCAGCAACCAGCUGCCGCUGGUGGUGGACGCCAUUUGCACGCGCGGUGCCGACAUGGCGGUGAUGGACGAGAAGGGGAACCCGCCUCUGUGGCUGGCCCUGGAGAACGGCCUGGAGGACAUCGCCUCCACUCUGGUGAGGCACGGCUGCGACGCCACCUGCUGGAGCGCAGGGCCGGGAGGCUGCCAGCAGACGCUGCUCCACCGCGCCAUUGACGAGAACAACGAGAGCAUGGCCUGCUUCCUCAUCCGCAGCGGGUGUGACGUGAACAGCCCGCGGCAGCCGGGGCCUAACGGCGAGGGGGAUGAGGAGGCACGGGACGGACAGACGCCCCUUCACCUGGCCGGGAGCUGGGGCCUGGAGGAGGUGGUACAGUGCCUUUUGGAAUUCGGGGCUAACGUCAAUGCACAGGACGCGGAGGGAAGAGCGCCCGUCCACGUGGCCAUCAGCAACCAGCACAGCGUGAUCAUCCAGCUGCUCAUCUCGCACCCGGACAUCCGGCUGAACGUGCGCGACCGGCAGGGCAUGACCCCCUUCGCCUGCGCCAUGACCCACAAGAACAACAAGGCCGCCGAGGCCAUCCUGAAGAGGGAGCCCGGCGCGGCCGAGCAGGUGGACAACAAAGGGCGGAACUUCCUCCACAUAGCCGUGCACAACUCGGACAUCGAGAGCGUCCUCUUCCUCAUCAGCGUCCAGGCCAACGUCAACUCCCGGGUCCAGGACGCGGCCAAGCUCACCCCCCUCCACCUGGCCGUCCAGGCCGGCUCCGAGAUCAUCGUCCGUAACCUGCUGCUGGCCGGAGCCAAAGUGAACGAGCUGACCAAACACAGGCAGACCGCCCUGCACCUGGCGGCCCAGCAGGACCUGCCCACCAUCUGCUCGGUGCUGCUGGAGAACGGCGUGGACUUCGCCGCCGUGGACGAGAACGGAAACAACGCUCUCCACCUCGCGGUGAUGCACGGGCGCCUCAGCAACGUCCGGGCCCUCCUCACCGAGUCCAACAUCGACGCGGAGGCCUUCAAUCUCAGGGGUCAGUCACCCAUGCAUGUCUUGGGCCAGUAUGGCAAGGAGAAUGCGGCAGCCAUCUUUGAACUGUUCCUGGAGUGUAUGCCUGAGUAUCCUCUGGACAAACCCGACAGUGAAGGGAACACAGUGCUUCUGCUGGCAUACAUGAAAGGAAACGCUAACCUCUGUCGGGCCAUCGUGAGGGCUGGGGCUCGGCUGGGUGUGACCAAUAACCAGGGCAUCAACAUCUUCAACUACCAGGUCGCCACCAAGCAGCUGCUCUUCAGACUCCUAGACAUGCUGUCCAAAGAACCACCAUGGUGUGAUGGAUCAAACUGUUACGAAUGCAUUGCGAAGUUUGGCGUCACCACUCGGAAACAUCACUGUCGCCACUGUGGACGCUUGCUCUGCCACAAGUGUUCCUUGAAGGAGAUCCCCAUCAUCAAGUUUGACCUGAACAAGCCAGUGCGGGUGUGCGACAUCUGCUUCGACGUGCUGACUCUGGGGGGGGUGUCGUAAUACCCGCCGGAACCCGCGUCCUUCACUCCGGGCCCCACCGGCCUGGAGGACCCCACGGGCCGUCCUCAGAGAAGCCUGGGGAAACCCUGGACCACUACUUCUGUACUAUUCCAGUCUUUCAAAAUUAUAUGCGUUAUAGUGGACUUUCAAGUAGAAUUUAAUAGUCUGGUCUGGUGAUCAAAGUAAUUGUGUGAGGAGAAAAAUAAAAGUCCAAUGGCUCCUUGA